CGAAGUCGGGUACCCAUUACUGCAGGAGGGGGCGAAAAAAAAAUCCGUGUCCGAACCGAGGCUCGAACCCGGAUCCGAAGUACUAAGUGAUAAAUAAUUCUGGAACAGGCAAGAACACGUGACGCAGAGUCUCUCUACCAUCGUGUACCUACGUGACCAUCAAUGACCAUCAAUGAUUUAUUUAUAGAGGCACCAGCCAUCCAUGUCCAGGUGCUGUUUUAGCCCUUAUACCUAAGCCUGGUAGUACCCUACGUCUGGUAGUAUCCUACGUCUUUACCAAAUCUCCCGACGACCACAAUGAGCCUUUGGAAAUCCACUCGGAGGUGGGUGGGCGUCCUCCUCAGCCGUCGCAUCAGCCUCAACUUCCUCUCCAUCUUCCUCCUGUUCUUCAUCACCGUCAUCCUGCUGAUGGACGCCGUGAGGCACCAGUUGCCCAGACUGUUUGACGUACAGCGCCACCUGCGACACACCGACGCCUCGGGGGCCUGGCUGGACGCUCUGGGAGGGCAAGAUGGAGGGGGCGCUCCUUCCGGAUGGGGAUGUUCACACAGGAAAGGGUACGUGCGGCACAUGAACUACUUCGAAGACCGUCGGUUCAACGUCCACAACUCUCUCACGGAGCAGGAAGGACAGGUGUGUAAACACCCGGAGUUGGACCCCUGUGACCCGCAGAUUAUACAGUUUGACCGCAGGCUUUGACUCGGUGUCCCGGAUGUCGUGGUACCGGAACCUGCCCAAAACCAGAGACUACUUUGUGCGCAUGCUCGGGGGGAUGGAGUUGGAGGGCUACAACAUCGUCGGGGACGGGACAGUUCAGGCGCUGUUGCCAAUUUUGGCGGGAAAUCACGAGCGGGAACUGCCCACAGCGCGCCGCGGGGAGCCUGGGUCUGUGUUUGUGGAUGGGUUUCCAUGGAUAUGGAACGACUUCCGGGAGGCGGGCUACGUGACAGCCUGGGCAGAAGACAUGGCGCACAUCGGAACUUUCCAGCUUCGCCUAAACGGCUUCAAGAAGCAGCCAACAGACCACUCCAUGCGGACGUAUUUCUUGCUGGCCGAGGCCAUGUACAAGAGAUUCGAACCCUUCUGCGUUGGGUCGACGCCGAGACACAAGCGCUUCCAGGCCUGGUUCCGAGACCUGUACACCAUGUACGGAGGGAAGAGGAAGUUUAUGUUCGGCUUUCACUCCGAGUUUAGCCACGAAAACAAUAGUGACCUAAAAGCGAUCGACGACGACAUGGUGGAGUUCCUCAAAAAUCUCAACGACAGCGGCUUCCUCAACAGAACUAUCCUCAUCCUCAUGAGCGACCACGGCGCGCGCUUUUCAGCAAUGCGCAACACGUCACAGGGAAAACUGGAAGAGCGCAUGCCUUAUUUCGGCUUCCGGUUCCCGCCAUCUUUUACGGAGACCUACCCGGAAGCCGUCAACAAUUUCCAAAUCAAUCGAAGAAGGCUCACCACCCCUUUUGAUAUUCACGCAACAUUCCAUGACAUUUUGAAGUACACCGGCCCGGGGAAGGGCGAUAUUCGCAGUAGGGGCAUCAGCCUCUUCAAAGAGGUGCCCAAGGAGAGAUCGUGCGCCGACGCAGACGUGGAGCCCCACUGGUGCGCGUGUCUAGACUGGCAUGACGUCAGCGAGCACUCCGAUCGCCGCAUUCCUUUAUCUGUGAUCAAUUUCAUCAACAGACUCACGAGCCACCUGAGCGAGAAAUGCGCGCGGCUCACGGUGAAAGACGUGAAGAGCAUCUACCAAAUCUCUCCCAACUCGCAGGUGCUCAAGUUCAAGAAGAGCGCCGACCUUCACGGGGACGUCCCUGACCUUUCCGACUCCAUGACCUCUGAGUACGAGUACUUCCUGGUCACGUUGAUGACGUCACCGGGCGACGGGCUUUUCGAGGUGACCGUGAAACAUUCCAUUCCGACGGACUCCUACGAGGUGAACGAGCGGGGGCUGAGUCGGAUUAACCGAUACGGGAAUGCCCCUCGCUGUAUACAGAAGGAGUUUCCCAAUCUGAGGCCUUAUUGUUAUUGUAUUUAAUGAACUUGGUACUUUCAGAUUGUUCUCUUGUCAUCCCCUCCCCUCCCCCCUCCCUCUC